AUGAAAAUUAAUAAAAAUAUACCAAAUUAUCUUAAAUUACCUCAUCUUGGACAUUAAUGGAAAUUUUUGAAAAACAUAGAACUUAAUACAUUUAUAAAUAGCAGCAUGGAAUAUUCAUGUAAAAACAAUAAUAGUAGUUUGAUGAUCAAUAGUAAUAAUAUAUGUCCAAAUCGUACUUAAUAUGAAGAAAUUCCUUAAAAUAAUAAAAGAAGAUUAAUAAAAAGUUAAUCAAUAGAUACAAAUUAAUAAUUAGAUUAAAUUGAUUCAGUAAAAGAAUCCAAUUGUGGGCAAGUAAAAAAAAUAGCAGAAAAUCUUAUUAAAUAAUAAAAUAAUAAGAAAUUGACUGAUAAAUAAUAAAAUAACUCAAGUCUCAAAAAUUAAUUAUCUCUCAAUAAUUAAACAAUUUAAAAACCUCAUUUAUAAAAAUGUUAAUCAUUAUAUUAAUUAUAAAAUGAAACAAAAUAACAGGAAAUUAAUCAACUUAAUUCUUUUACUUAAUUUUUUCAAUUAAUUUAAAAUCAAACAAAAAGCAAAGUUAAAAAAAGAUAAUGUUAAGUAAAUUUUUUUAAAAAAAGUUAAUCUAUGGAUAACAUUGAUGUAGUUGAACAACAAAAAAAGAUUAAAAAAUUACUUUUAUAAUCUACAAUUAGAAUUAAGCCUAAAUUCUCUUCAACAAUUAAUAUUUAAGAUCUCCUUUAGUAAAAUUGA